AUGACAACAGAAGAGGAGACUGGAAAGCCCAGCAACCUGGGUUCUACCCACAACCAAGAGCACGAACACAAGGAGGGACAACAGGAACAGAAGUUAAAAGAACAGCAGAAGAAUGAGCGACAGUCCACUUUGGCUCAAGCCAAGCGGUCUAUUGCCUAUCCAGCAGCAAAGAAAAAGAAAAAUCAAACAGAUUUUGUAGAAACAUGCCUACGGACGACUACUACCACCGGUGCCACUACAGCUGCUCAUAAAGUCGCAACAGGAAGUGCCAUGUUGGCAAAAGAAAAACAAUACAUUGCAUAUCCAAAACAGCGCAAGUCAGUCAGCCAGACCCACGUUCCACCUGCCGCAAACACCAACGAGGCCAAAAGUGGAGAGGUCAGUGCCCUGUUGGCACAUGAAAAGAGGCACAUUGCUUAUCCAAGAAGUGGGCCAUAUGAUAAGAGCAGAGCCACCGACAAUAAGCAAGGAUAUAGGCCUGAUGCUGAGGUGCUUCUACCGGUACCGGUGCAGGCUGAUUCUCCCGGCAACAGCAGCCAAGCCAGCAAAUCUACCACCGACAAUUCUACUCUCCUACAAGCUGCUAAAAGCACUACUGGUAUCAAAUACCCAAGAGGAGAGACAAACAGAACUGCUAUCAAGAAUGUAGUUCGGUCAGAUAUGGUACGAAAUGAUGACAAUCGUGGAAUUAUGCCUUUGCCUCCACCCGAAGGUGGCUUUGCUUGUGAAAAUUCAGAGCCCCACCCAAGCCGUGACGAACCCUUGGUCCAGGAAAGGGAAAUAGUGCUGCCAAAUACAGAUCAAAGCAAUUCCAGGGAUGCUGGCCAUGGCAUUUCUAAUGUUACAGAAGUUGUUGACCAAGCCACCACUCCCACGGACAACAACAGUGGAUUGGCUGUAGCCACCCAAGUAGAUGAAAAUGAAGAACCUACACAGAUUGCUAGACCCGACAAUUUGCAUGGGAAAAAUGGAUCAACCGUAACGACUCUCAUGAUCCUUGUUCUUGUUGGUAGCCUUCUCAUCAUUGGAGUGAUUGUUGGUUCCAUCUGUGGGGCUGGUCUCUGCAGCAAUAAAGAAGGUGAUGUGGAGACUGGAUAUUCUGUUUUGGGGGACAUUCAAAACAGAAUCGAAGAGGCUUUUGGGCCUGACUAUUUUAUGAAAACUGAUGAGCCGGAACACACCCAGCCAAAGUUCAAGGCUCUUGAUUGGAUCAUGUUUGAGGAUCCUCUGCAGCUUGAGCCAGAUUCCAACAAUCUUCUACAGAGGUUCAUUGUGGUAUUGACUUACUUUCAAACAUCCCGGGAGGGUGAUUGGCUUGCCUGUGGACCAUCUUCAACCCCAAACGAUGAAACAUGUUGGUUUCAAAUCCAAGGUUCGGAUUCAUUGGCAAGUAGGUGGCUCACAGGUGUUCACGAAUGUCAAUGGGCAGGAAUUUAUUGUGACGGAGAGAAGCGCAUUACUCAGUUGCGGCUCAGGAACAAUGGAUUGAACGGCCCCCUGCCCGCAGAACUUGCAAGUCUUCUAGCACUGGAAUCAAUAGACUUUCCUGGGAACCAACUGACAGGAAGUAUUCCCGUGGAAUUGUUUGGAUCCUCACUUUCCAAAAUACUUCUGACAAACAAUUCACUAACCGGGACAGUGCCCACAGAAGUUGGACUCUUUGAUGGGGUCACACUUGGAUUCGGGUCAAACAGCCUGUCUGGUUCCAUUCCUACAGAUCUCUUUCAGGCUGGCAAAAGAAUCAGCUCUUUUUAUUUUUAUGACAAUAAGGAACUCUACCCACUGAAAUUGGAGCAUUGCAUGGACGUUUUCGAGCCAUCGUCUAUUUGCAAGGGAACCCUUUACACGGAACCAUCCCAUCCGAAAUAG